AUGGAAGAAUCCACUCAUGAAAUCACAAGCCCUCUCAUUUCUAAGGACAAGAAAGAUGAAGACUUUUAUGCCCAGCCCUCAUCUUCUCAACCAAAACUUCAAAACCCAGAAGAAGAAGAAGAAGAAAACUCACCAGUGGAACAGGUUGCUUUGACUGUACCAACCACAGACGAUCCCUCCCUCCCAGUCCUAACAUUUCGAAUGUGGUUUCUGGGUACCCUCUCCUGCGUCCUCCUCUCCUUCCUCAACCAGUUCUUCUGGUACAGAAAAGAGCCUCUUUCGAUCACCGCCAUCUCUGCCCAGAUUGCUGUGGUGCCUCUGGGGCAGCUCAUGGCUUCCAAAAUCACAACCCAUGCCUUUUUCAAAGGCUCCCGCUGGGAGUUCACCUUGAACCCUGGACCCUUCAAUGUCAAAGAACAUGUCCUCAUCACCAUCUUUGCCAAUUCUGGAGCUGGCACUGUCUACGCCAUUCAUGUUGUUACUGUGGUUAAAGUUUUUUACAAGAAACACAUCACCUUCUUUGUGUCCCUGCUUGUUAUCUUAACAACUCAGGUGUUGGGGUUUGGUUGGGCUGGGAUUUUCAGGAGGUACUUGGUUGAGCCAGCUGCUAUGUGGUGGCCGGCAAACCUUGUCCAAGUUUCAUUGUUCAGGGCCCUCCAUGAGAAAGAAGCAAGGCCAAAGGGAGGAUUGACCAGAACACAGUUCUUCCUCAUUGCCUUCAUGUGCAGCUUUGCUUACUAUGUUUUCCCUGGCUACCUAUUUGAAAUGCUAACUUCCCUCUCUUGGAUAUGUUGGAUUUUCCCCAAAAGUGUCCUGGCCCAACAGCUUGGCUCAGGUCUUUAUGGGCUUGGAAUUGGAGCCGUUGGGCUUGACUGGUCAACCAUCUCCUCCUACCUCGGAAGCCCACUUGCAAGCCCAUGGUUUGCCACAGCCAAUGUUGCUGCUGGUUUUUUAUUUGUCAUGUACAUAUUGACUCCUCUUUGCUAUUGGCUUAAUGUCUACAAAGCCAAAACCUUCCCAAUUUUUUCAGACACAUUGUUCACAUCAGAUGGUCAAGAAUACAACAUAACAGCUAUCAUUGACUCCAAUUUCCACCUUGAUUCCGCUGCGUAUGAUCGAGAAGGUCCGCUUUACCUCAGCACAUUUUUCGCAAUAACUUACGGUGUUGGCUUUGCUGCACUCACUGCUACAAUUGUUCAUGUUGCUCUGUUUCAUGGAAGGGUAAUAUGGGAGCAAAGCAAAGCAAGUUUCAAAGAGAAGCAAAUGGACAUACACACAAGACUUAUGCAGAGGUACAAUCAAGUGCCCGAAUGGUGGUUUGUGGCCAUACUUUUGGUCAACAUUGCAGUUACUAUUUUUACCUGCCAAUACUACAAUGACCAGCUCCAGUUGCCUUGGUGGGGUGUUUUACUAGCUUGUGCUAUUGCCAUUUUCUUCACCCUCCCAAUUGGGAUCAUCACAGCCAUCACAAAUCAGACACCAGGCUUGAACAUCAUCACUGAGUAUAUAAUUGGGUACAUCUACCCAGGAUAUCCAGUUGCCAAUAUGUGCUUCAAGGUGUAUGGCUACAUAAGUAUGACACAAGCCAUCACAUUUUUGCAAGACUUCAAGCUUGGUCACUACAUGAAAAUCCCUCCUAGAACCAUGUUCAUGGCUCAGGUUGUGGGUACCCUUAUAGCUGCAAUUGUCUACUUGGGCACGGCUUGGUGGCUGAUGGAAACCAUCCCAGACAUAUGUGAGGACACAUCAUCAGUGUGGACUUGCCCAGCAGACACAGUGUUCUAUGAUGCCUCAGUCAUAUGGGGCUUGAUUGGCCCUAGAAGAAUAUUUGGUAACGAGGGCACAUAUGAGGCAGUCAAUUGGUUCUUCUUGGGUGGGGCAGUUGCCCCCCUUGUUGUAUGGGCAGCUGCUAAGGCCUUCCCAAAACAAGAGUGGAUCAGGCUCAUCAACAUGCCAGUCCUAAUUGGUGCCACAGGGAAUAUGCCACCUGCAACUGCAGUCAACUACACUUCUUGGAUCAUUUUGGGUUUUCUGUCUGGUUUUGUUGUGUAUAGGUACAGGCCAGAUUGGUGGAGGAGGCACAAUUAUGUGCUCUCUGGCGCACUUGAUGCUGGCCUUGCCUUCAUGGGGGUGCUUCUGUAUUUUAGCCUGGGGUUGGAGGACAUUAGCCUUAGCUGGUGGGGAAAUGACCUUGAUGGGUGCCCCUUGGCUACUUGCCCUACGGCUAAAGGUGUGAUUGUUGAAGGCUGCCCUGUUUACACUUGA